AUGAGGCACGUGCCUAUGGCUUCCCGCUCAUUCCCACCGCUGCGAACUGUGCCCUGUCUUCCAGAGGUGCAGGCCCCCCCUCCUGAGCCUGAGAUGAACGACUCCAGUGCGGAGGGAGAGACUCCAUUGCCAGCCCAUGCCCAGAUAGCAAAGGAUGUGAUGGAGAGAUGUAUCCACUUACUGUCUGACAAGAGUCUGCGGGUGCGGCUGAAGGUCCUGGACGUGCUGGAGUUCUGCGUGAUUGUGCUGCAUCUUCAUGAAAACCAUCUGCUUCCCUUGGCUCAUCGCGCCUGGCCGGCUCUCGUCACCCGGCUGAUUAACGACGACCCGCUGGCAGUGCUCAGAGCUUUCAAGGUGCUAUGUACCCUGGCCGAGAAGUGUGGCGAUUUCCUGAGGCAACGAUUCUCCAAAGACGUCCUGCCCAAGCUGGCCGGUUCCCUUGUCACCCAGGCUCCGGUCAGUGCCAGAGCCGGACCCGUAUACAGCCAUACUCUUGCCUUCAAGUUACAGCUGGCCGUGCUGCAGGGGCUGGGUUCACUGUGUGAGAAACUGGACUUGGGCGAGAGUGACCUGAAUAAAGUAGCAGAUGCCUGUCUGAUUUACCUCAGUGCCAAACAACCCGUGAAACUGCAAGAGGCCGCCCGGAGCGUUUUCCUCCAUUUGAUGUGUGUGGACCCUGACGCCACCUGGCUCCUGCUGAACGAGAUCUGCUGCCCUCUCCCGUAUGAGCCCCCCCACCCCAGCCUCCAGCCGGUGAAGCUAGGCGGGAUGGGGAGGCAACGGACCGAAUUCACCGACAACGUGCUGGACCUGCUGGGUGAGCUGCAGCGACGGGAGACAGCAGCGUUUCAAGCCGGGCCCCGAGAGGCACCUGAGCCGCAACCCCCCUCGCUGACCGAGGCACUGGGAUAGCGGCCGGGGGAAGCGAGAAACGGCUGGUGUAAAUGCAAUGCUGUCUAGGAACGUCCCAUCGCCUCAGACUGAAUCGCUGCGGAGGAAGAUGAGAGCUGCUCCAGGACUGAGACCCGGCUCCCCGAGGGCAGAGUUGACAAAGCCAUUUGAGGGCGAGUUAGGUAUAGCACACGCCGGGCCUGCACUCCCCUGCACACACGUGGGGCCAAAGGGACACGUGCAUCUCAGGCUCUUUUGUGGCUAAAGAAGGAGAUUGUCAGGACGCUCCCAUCCCUAUUAUCAAAACGCUGGGCUGCUGCCUGGGGUCCCUGGCAGAAUGCCCCUGCCAGUGCUGCCCCAAGCCAGAGAAUGCAACUGCUUCCCUCCCCUAUCUCCCCCCACCGUACACGCACAUCCCCUUCUUCACUGAUUAUAAAUGAUGGCCUGAAAACUUGAACUGAAAUUUCUCCCCUCGCUGACCGGAACUUCUCCAAUAUGGCAGAUACUCUCUUCGGGGUUAGAACUCUGUCUCUAGCAGUGCUUCGUAUUAAAGAAACAAUGUAAAUAAAAUCAUGUUUCAAAGGAAAUCCCUCACCUGCGCUUCUGAUAAGAGCUGAGAUGAUCAAACCAGCAGAGAUUUUCCUAAAGUCCCUUUUAGCAGCAUUGGGGUAGUUUAUAUUUUGCAGUUCACUCACUUUGGGCAAUAAAACAAGACUGGCAGGUUUUACUUCCCAGGUCUCUUCCUAGAUUUUUCAGGGCAGAAGGGACCAUUCUGAUCAUUCUGUCCUGUGGUUUUCAACCUGUGGUCUGUGGAACCCUGGGGGUCCACAGACUAGGUCUAAGAUUUCCAAAGGGGUUCACGUCUCCAGUCGAAAUUUUUUAUGGGUCCACAAAUGUAAGAAGGUUGAAAACCACUGAUCUAAUCUGACCUGCAUCGCAGGCCAGAGAACAUCACCCAGUCAUUUCUGCAUCAAGCCCAUAACUUGUGGUUGAGCUAGAGCAGAUGUGUUAGAAAAGUAUCCAGUCUCGACGUAAAGAUGGCAAGUGUUUAAGGAUCCCCCACAGCCCUAGGUGAGUUGUUCUGAUGGUUAAUCCCCCUGCCCUUUAAAACACGGGGGGAUAUUUUUAGUCUGAAUUUGUCUAGCAUCAGCUUCCAGCCCUUGAAUGUUGCUAGGCCUUUUUCUGCUAAAUAGCCGUCGCCGAGUAGCAGACUCUUCCCCAAGUAGGCUACGUGUAGACUGUGAUCAAGUCACUAUUUAGCCUUCCCUUGGAUAAACUAAAGUGAGCAUCUUAAGGCGCUCACCAUAAGGCCUGUUUUCAGACCUCAAAUCAUUCUUGUAAUUCUUUUGUGCAUCCCUUUAAAUAUUUCAGCAUCCUAAGCCUAUGGGUCCUGGGUAGGCUCUUUGUAGUUCAAGUAUAGCAUAGGGGUGCUCACUGUUUUAUGGCACCUGGAAGUGCUGUUUGUGCACCGAGGGUUGUACCAUUUCUGCAACGCAUCACCAAGUGUUGUUUUGUUUGCUUGCACGGGUAUUGCCUGUAGGCAGCAGCUAGACUGCAGAAAUGAUUCUUAAUCAGAAAGACUGAGGCCUUUCAAAGGAAAAAAUUGAACAUUACUGAUGACACAAACUGCAUCACAGCUGACACUGAGCAUUCAGAAACAGCAUGCAGAUUCCCUGCAAGCACUGUACUACAUCCCACAUUCUGUUACCGUGAGAGGAGGAGAUGGAGGAGAGAAGUAAGAUUCAGAGAGGCAAAAACCGGUGUAGUUUAAGCAGGGAAAGGAACGUGGCUAAGGCCUUGUUAUGUUUCCCCUUGGGCCUACACUACUGCACUAGCCCAGCGAUGCCGUGUUUAGGUUCACAGCAUUGCAGGCAGACAUUAAAAUAAGAGGAAAGACCUGUUGCGUUAAUAAAAACCUGAACAAAACCUUUUGGAUUCAUGUUGGGUUUUGUACACUAUUUUUUCUUAAACCUAAAUUUGGCAGCUAGACUAAUGAGUGGCAAUUAACCCAGUGAUAUGGCUGAAUACCACUCACAGCCUAGUUUGAACCUCAUUGUUUUGCUGAUGAUGUUGCUUGGGGUCUGGCUUCAACCAUCAAACUACACCCAGCAUUAACUGAUUUUUCUGCACCAUUAAUUCGUUAGGAAAUAAAAUGCUAUAAAAUA